GCGGAGGCAGGGCUGGCAGCGGCGGCGGGCGGCGCACACGCACACACCUCCCUGCAUGUGAUUAAAUGGCUAGAAAUCUGCUUCUGAUUUCCUCGGGGAGCACCGGGAAGGAGCUACCCCUGCCCGCCGUCCGCCCCGCCGCGGCCCCGGCUCCUCUCGCCGCCGCUCCCGGACCUGUCGCCCACACCGGCCCCGCUACCUGCCCGGCCGCGGGAGGAGCCACUUCCCUCUCCCCAGAAGGAUGGAGGUCCUGCAGCUCCUGCGUCUGCUCCUCACCACUGCCAUGCUGGGCCUGUCUCAGACAGUGAACCCCUUUGUGGCCCAGCAGACUCCCCCAGACCCUUGCUAUGAUGAGAAUGGUGCUCCUCGACGCUGCAUCCCUGAAUUUGUCAAUGCUGCCUUUGGGAAAGAGGUUCAAGCCUCCAGCACAUGUGGGAAGCCCCCGACACGGCACUGCAAUGCCUCAGACCCCCGCCGAGCCCACCCACCUGCCUACCUGACUGACCUCAACACCGCCUCCAACAUGACCUGUUGGCGCUCAGAAACCCUCCACCACUCACCCCAGAAUGUCACCCUCACCCUCUCCCUUGGCAAGAAGUUUGAGGUGGUCUAUGUCAGCCUCCAGUUCUGCUCUCCCCGGCCCGAGUCCACUGCCAUCCUCAAGUCUAUGGACUACGGCAAGACCUGGGUGCCCUACCAGUACUACUCCUCCCAGUGCCGUAAGAUCUACGGCAAGCCCAGCAAAGCCACGGUCACCAAGCAGAACGAACAGGAGGCCCUAUGCACCGAUGGCCUCACCGACCUCUACCCGCUCACCGGGGGGCUCAUUGCCUUCAGCACCCUUGACGGGCGACCCUCGGCCCAGGACUUUGACAGCAGCCCCGUCCUCCAGGACUGGGUGACGGCCACCGACAUCCGCGUGGUCUUCAGCCGCCCACAUCUCUUCCGUGAUCUGGGCAGCCGGGACACGGGUGAGGAGGAGGGGGGCACAGGCUCCACUCCCUACUACUACGCUGUGGGGGAGCUGCAGGUUGGCGGGCGCUGCAAGUGCAACGGGCACGCGGCACGCUGCAUUAAGGACAAGGAGCAGAAGCUGGUGUGCGACUGCAAGCACAACACAGAGGGACCCGAGUGCGACCGCUGCAAGCCCUUCCACUACGACCGGCCCUGGCAGCGGGCUAGUGCCCGCGAGGCCAACGAGUGUCUGGGGAAAAAGAAAAUAGCUCAAAAGGAACAAGCCCCUGAAGCCUGCAACUGCAACCUGCACGCGCGGCGCUGCCGCUUCAACAUGGAGCUGUUCAAGCUGUCGGGGCGCAAGAGCGGCGGGGUGUGCCUCAACUGCCGGCACAACACUGCGGGCAGGCACUGCCACUACUGCAGGGAGGGCUUCUACCGCGACCUCAGCAAGGCCAUCACCGACCGCAAAGCCUGCAAAGCUUGCGACUGCCACCCAGUCGGUGCGGCCGGCAAGACCUGCAACCAGACCACGGGGCAGUGCCCGUGCAAGGACGGCGUCACCGGCCUCACCUGCAACCGCUGUGCCAAGGGCUACCAGCAGAGCCGCUCGCCAGUGGCCCCCUGCAUCAAGAUUCCUGCCAUCAACCCCACCUCCCUGGUCACCAGCACAGAGGCACCCGCAGACUGUGACUCCUACUGCAAACCAGCCAAGGGAAACUACAAGAUUAACAUGAAGAAGUACUGCAAGAAGGACUAUGUGGUCCAGGUGAACAUCCUUGAGAUGGAGACGGUGGCCAACUGGGCCAAGUUCACCAUCAACAUCCUCUCUGUCUACAAGUGCCGUGAUGAGCGGGUCAAGCGCGGUGACAACUUCUUGUGGAUCCACCUGAAAGACCUGUCCUGCAAGUGCCCCAAAAUCCAGAUCAGCAAGAAGUACUUGGUCAUGGGGAUCAGCGAAAAUUCCACUGACCGGCCCGGACUGAUGGCUGACAAGAACAGCCUGGUCAUCCAGUGGCGGGAUGCCUGGACACGCCGUCUUCGGAAACUGCAGCGGCGGGAGAAGAAGGGCAAGUGUGUGAAGCCCUGAGGGGUUUGCACCCACCCUGUCCCCCAUGCCCAGCCUCAGCCCAGCUGGGUGCUGCCAGACUGCACCCACAGACUCUGUACAUAUAUAUAGUGUGAAUGGACUCUUUGUCUAUAGUGUAUAUUUUGGCAAUGGUUUCCUGUUGUGUGCGUGUGCACGGGUGGGUGUGUGUGUCAGCCCUUUAAGUGUGUAUUAAAAAUAAUGCAGUAAUGACAAACCUUUAAUGAGGAGCAAAGUGGAGCAAGGUCUUGUGGGUGCCUGUCACCUGAAGGAGUUUGAAGGGGAUUGGUGUCCUGCUCAGGGCAUUCUGGAGCUCAUUUUCAAGGCUUUUAUAUUCCCUUUAACACAGUUGUCUCCUGCCCAGCGCUGACAUCUCAGUUGACAGCUCUCCCUUCUCCAGCGUCUACCAUCAAUCUAUCAGAUUCUUCCUCACUCUGAAAAUGUGCUGCUUCCAGACCUCUCUCUGCCUUUCUCCUUGCCCAGGAGGAACAGGAGGUCAGAGUCUUCCUUCCCUCAUUCCAGUGUACAGGCAGGCUGAGUGGAAAUUGUCCAGUGCUGCAGAGUGUCCAGCCCCAGGAGCUCCACCAGGAAGGACAAAUGAACUUUUACAAGACCUGAUUCCUUGGUGAUCCUGGGCUCACAUGGACCAGUGCUGCUGGCUGGGGCAGGACCUGUGUAGUGCUGCAGUGCCAUAGGGAGGAGCCAGGCCCUGGCACUGUGCUGGUGGCCACUACCAGGCAGGACUGUGUCCACCGGGGAGAAAGGAACAGACCUGGCAAUCCCUAGUUGCCUAGUCCAGACAACCCAGUGAGAAAGACCUGGACACAUCAUUUUCCCCUCCCAUGUCCACCUGCUCCAUCUGAACCUUAGCUGGACUGGACAGGCCGACCAGAGCCAUCAUGUAUCAUCAUCCAUCCCCCCAGGUCUAUGUGCCUUUAUUUUCACCUGGUACCAACUGACAUAAUUGCACCUGUUUCUGUUGAGAUGACACCAAGUGACAUCUGCCUUGGCGUGCAUCUUCCAGAGCUGGCCAGACUGUGCUCUCCUGGGAAGAAUUGCUGUGGCCAAGGUUGUCCAAGGAGAUGCACAAGGCAGAGGUGACAGGAAGAGAGAGGAGUUUCCAUUGAUCCACCUCUAGUCUUUUAUAUCUUCUUCACCAUGUAUGAGUUUCUGGUUACACAGACACCAGUAUCUUCCCAUGUUGAGAUUGUAGCGGUCUUGGCUUAAUAAAUACAAAUAGAAGUAGUAGGUGCUCUGACAAUAGAUAUUCCUUUCCACACAAACCUUGCCUUGCUUACUCAGUGAGGGGUUGUAGCCUACAUCACAGUCUUCCAGUCCAUUGGGAUGAAACUUUACCCUUCCUAGCCCAUGGCAGCUUGUGUGGACUCCCCAUGUCAUGGUGGUGCUUCCGGGCUUCAGCAUCCCAAGGUGCUGCUGGAGCUUCCAGCUGAAGAAACUAGUGGAGCACUGUUGGGUUUCAGGAAAAGGGAAUUUGGAGAGUGAGUAUCUAGGCCCUGGGGAUCUGUGUGGACAUGCAGGUGCAUUGGUGAAGCUGCUGGACAUGCUGGAAAUGACGUUUCAGAGCUGUGGAAGACUUGAAGUGCCAUUGUUCAGGUCCCAUGGGUACUUGGAUGCCUACAGAGGGCAUGGCCAGAGGUGUGGGGAGGCCAGAAGCUGAGGGGUAAUGGGUAUGUGGGACCACUUGGAUGAGCUGAUACUAUCCCCGCUCCCGACACAGACCCUCUUCCCUCCUCUCUCUGAGCUGAGGGGACCCUCCCAUCCCUGGUUCCUCUUGUUUGGAUUGUCACAGUCAUGGCCUCUGCCAUGAGAUGGUUCUUGAUGUAGUUGGGACACCCAGUACUCCUCUUCCUCCCACAGCUGCUUUCACCAGACUUGCCCUUGGCUCAGGCUCACUCCAACCCCAUACACCCAACAGACACAGAAUCAAAGAAUGGUUUGGGUUGGAAAGGACCUCAAAGAUCACCUUCUUCCAAACCCUGCCAUGGGCAGUGACACCUUCCAUUAGACCAGGUUGUUCCAAGCCCUGUCCAACCUGGCCUUGGACACUUCCAGGGAUGGGGCAGCCACAGCUUCUCUGGACAAAUGCAGGAGUCCUCACACAGAAGUCAGUGGUGGUACACCCUUUGGGUGUGCAAAGACAGGACUUUCAUCAGGAUCAUCCCUUCUGUCCCAGACACUGCUCAGCAUCACCCCAUGUGGUGUGGGGAUUCUCUGACUCCUCAGCAGCCACAGUCCAGAAAGAGCAGGGCAGCACCGCUGUGCCAUGGGAUACCUCUCAAGGCAGGGCUU